AUAAUUAUUAAACAACACUAUAAAAAUGAAAUUGUUAAGAAAAAUUUGAUUGGUUAAUUUUGGCACCAUUUGGAUUUUGAUCCCAUUUACAACCUCCAGUUUUUAAUUAUCUUUAUUUAAUUCAAAAUAAAGAUAAAUGGCUGGAAAAUCAGGAAAAGGAAUCGGCAAAGUCAGUGCAAAAAGACAUGCUAGAAAACCAAACAAGGCUUCAAUUGAAGGAAUCACUAAACCUGCUAUCAGAAGAUUAGCUAGAAGAGGAGGAGUCAAAAGAAUUUCAUCAUUCCUCUAUGAUGACUCAAGAAAUGUUUUAAAGAGCUUUUUGGAGAAUGUUGUCAGAGAUGCUAUCACAUACACUGAGCAUGCUAGAAGAAAGACAGUCACUGUUAUGGAUGUUGUUUACUCAUUAAAGAGAUAAGGAAGAACUCUCUAUGGAUUUGGUGCAUGAGUUUUAUUUUCAUUAAGGAUUAAUUAAUUUACCUUAACUU